AUGGAUUUUAAAUCUCGUUUUAAAGGAAAGAUGACUAUUAUGAAUAAAGAAGGUGUAAUAGGAAUGGUGAAUAAACCUUCAAUUCCUAUAAUUAAGAAUUUACAAUCCUUUGUCUAAAAAGAUGAAAUCUCUCCAACCAUUUAGAAACUUGGUCUAAACACAUCAGGAAUAAGAGAAACUAAAUCUCAUAUCUUUACUAAUAUCCAAUCUUCUCCAAAUCAAAGAAAUUAAACCAACUAUGCUUAAAAGUUUUCAAAUGCUGGUUAAUAAAUUAUUAAAUAAAAUCAUGUUAAAACUGAGCAUCAUUAUUAUUAAGAUGAUCCUAAAAAAUAACUAAACUAAUAUCAAUUUAAAAUACAAUAAGACUUUAAUUAAUUAGAUAUGAAUCAAUAUGAAAUUAUAGCUAUUCCAAAAAUUAUGUUAGGUUAACUUCGACAAUAAAUGAAUGUUGAUAAAUAUGGAUUAACGAGAAGUUUAGCUCCUAAUAAAAAAAUACCUAUUGAGUAUUUAUUUCAUUUAUUAUAGAUUUUCUUAAUUAUCACCUUAAAUUACUACUUAAUGUACAAGCUAUAAUUAAACACCUUUGCUUAAAAAAUAAAAUACUAUUGAUUAAAUAUUUAAAUCACCAUUUAAUAAACAAAAAUCUGAUAAAAUAGAGAAAAAAAAUAAAAUUAUCUAAUAAGCUGGACUUGGAACUUUAAGAUACAAGUAAAUUUAAUUUAUUAUAUAAAUUAGUUCCUAUAGUAAAAGAUGA